AUGGACUGUUCGUCAUAUCACUGCACGAUUCAAUGUCAGAAAACCUAUAUAAACUGUUGUCUUCGUCCCAUCGACGGUCAUUGUCAAAGUCCACUCGGCGAAAUCUACCAACACCUUCUAAGAAUCAUCUGCUGUUCUUCUUUUGUUUAUAAGAUGUGUUCCCAAACCUUGGUAGUACUUCUUUGCAAAACUUGCGGAGUCAAAUACUCUGGCCAAUUCGACAUAAAGUUAUGUGGAAUCAUCAAGACAGAGUCUGAUUGGGGACAGUGUGGAUCAGCUCGGGUCCUGCCUGAACAAAGGGAGACUGGAAAAGAGGAAUGCACCAAGUGUUCGAGGAAGACUAGAGAUCUUGCAGAAGAGCGGAGGUUACUGGAUACGCUGUUAGUGGAUGACGAAGGAUUAUGGAUUGAGUAG